GGCCGAAGGGUGCCGUAAGCGCGCGGGAGGGACUUUGUGCGUCGAUUUGCAGACUGCGCUGCGUGUAGAGACGGAGAGUGCACUUUUGUUUGUGCUGCAGUUGUGUUUUUUUUUUUUUUUUUGCUCGGUCCUUGGACAAAAACGUGUAAAGCUUUUCCAAUGCGUCUUCUUUAUGGGGUUUUCCACGCCUAAACAUUACUGUCGGUGUGGCCGUAAGGUUUUCAGUUAAGGGACUUUCGAGAAGAAGCAGGGAACUUGGAGACGCAUUUGCGAAGCAACUGGAAAUGACACAUGUCAUGGAGCAGCAGAGAACGCUUCACUCCGGCUGUCUGGUGACAGGCAUGCGCACGCCCCCUGUCCGACGCAACAGCAAGCUGGCCAGCCUGGGGCGCAUCUUCAAGCCCUGGAAGUGGAGGAAGAAGAAGAGCGAGAAGUUGCGUCAGAGCUCUGCAGUCCUGGAGCGGAAAGCGGCAGCACGGCAGAGUCAUGACGAGGAACUGGCGAGGAAGGGCUCGGCAGAGUCAGGCAAAGGGCCGGUCUUGGCAUGUGAGGGAGGCUCGGAGGAGGCGUGUGCCCCCAUGCAGGAGUACUCUGACGGGGAGGAGAGGGAGGACAAGCCUCUGGCGCCGCUGGCCAGCACCACAGAGGACCUGGGGUCAGAUGAGGACAAUCCAUCCACAGUACAAGAUGCCACAGGGAACCUCGAGACCGCAGGGGAGUUCAGCCGCAGUGAGGAAGAGGAGGAUGAAGAGACCCUGUUCUCAGACCCCUCCGGGAAGGACAGUGUUGAUCCCACUGACGCUGUCCAGAGCCCAGAGAAGAUGAGGGCGGAGAUGAAGGCUGAAAUGAAGGCGGAACCGAAGGUGGAGCUGAAGGCGGAGCCAGCACUCAGAGGAACCCACACUCCUCCCCCCAAACUGCCCACAAAGCUCGUCCCCAGACUAGGCAGCCUGGACAGUUCCCAUUCCACUCACACGAGACCCGCCCCAGCCACUCUGCCCAGGAACUUCACUCUGCCCAAAGACACGCUGAGGGGCCGCAUGACUACUCCCACAGGCUCCCCACACCUGGGGACCAUGCACCCACCGCUGCCCCCUAGCUGCAUUAUUGAGGAACUGCACCGUGCGUUGGCCACAAAACACCAGCAGGACAGUUUCCAUGGCAAGGAGGUUCGCGGCUCGCCCAGGCAACGCCUGGACGGGCGGCAGCCGCGCGUCGCGAGCACGGAGGCGGAGCCGCUGGGUGGAGAGGUGGAGGAGAAGAAGGCUGGAGAGGAGAACAAGGAGAACAUGCGCCUGAACGAGUUCUACAGCGACCAGGACAGCUGGAACCAGUCGGUCAUCUCGGGGACGCUACCACGGCGAAUAAGGAAGGAGCUGCUGGCGGUGAAGUUGCGUAAUCGGCCCAGCAAGCAGGAACUGGAGGAGAGGAACAUCUUCCCUGCACGCAGUGACCAGGAACGCCAGGAGAUCCGUCAGCAAAUUGAGCUGAAACUGGCCAAGAGGCUGAGUCAGCGACCAGCUGUAGAAGAACUGGAAAGUCGGAACAUCCUCAAACAGAGGAAUGACCAGACAGAACAAGAGGAGAAGAGGGAAAUUAAACAGAGGCUGAACAGAAAGCUGAACCAGCGUCCCACGGUCGACGAGCUGCGUGACCGCAAGAUCCUCAUCCGCUUCAGCGACUACGUGGAAGUGGCCAAAGCUCAGGACUACGACAGACGAGCAGACAAGCCAUGGACUAGGCUGUCCGCCGCUGACAAGGCAGCAAUACGUAAAGAGCUAAAUGAGUUCAAGAGCAAUGAGAUGGAGGUGCACGCCUCGAGCAAGCACCUCACCAGGUUCCACCGGCCAUAGCAAGGUUUCUUCUGUGAAGAAAAUGCUGGACAUCAAAGGAAGCCCCUCAGGAGGAUCUUUCCUGUGCUCGCGCCUAGUUCCUGGUCCCUGGUUCUGUGCUCACACCUGGUUCCUGGUCCAAGGUGGGCCUGCUCUUCUGGGCAUUUGUGAACCUUGGAGGCUAUGUCUCUAUGUCUCUGGAGCUCAAGCCUGGAGUAACGAGGUUUUGCGCAUCUUUGAAACUCUGCUCAGCCAAGCUACACUUCUCGAUAAAUUUGUGUACCUGAUUUUAUUGAUUAUUUUUGGGGGGAGUUUUCGCUUCAGGAGAAGCGUAAUGAAGGAUGGAACACAAGCAACCCAGGCUGUAUUUUAACAGACUCUUUUUAAAAUGUUUGCUUUUCGAUGCCAAUAGUGGGGAUA